UAUCGUACAUACAUCAUACUAGACUGUGUUAUACUGUUUUCCACAGGAGGAAGAGACGCCGUCAUCUGCAAAAAGUGGCAGAAACCAUUCUAAAACCUAAAGCCCAUUUGGCAUUUCACGCAUUUUUAGAUAGUAGCACGUAUGUCAGCAUCGCCGCCUUAUUUGCGCUGCAGUGACAUAAGAGGGCUUAUUGUAAAAUAAGGCCGCAUUUUUGCGAAUGAACAUUUUUAUUUGUAUCGAAUCCGUCAACGACUCGGUAAAUGUGUGAACUGUGCCUUUUAUCAAGACACCAGUCAGACAUAUUUUGUCCAUUUUGUUGCUAAGGAGCAGAAGCUUUUCUUGGUUUGAGGGGUUGUGGACAGCGCGGAAAAGGUAGUCACGGAUGUCGCGACAGUCCAGUUUGUCCCGUUGCCACCGGGACCCGUGUUGGUGAGCGCUCAAGACUGAAAGCCGCGGAUCUGGGGGAGUGUCAGUGAAACGAACGAGAGGAAAGCCUGCCCUGGAUUUCAAUCAUUUGCGAGAUAAGGCCCGAACGCAGAGAGAAGGGACAGGGCCUCCUCCUUCGCCUCCUCCGCUUCGACACUACCCCCUCAUUCCCUGUUUCCUCCGUGAUUUGCUAGGAUUCGCACGCGGGUGAAGUUGGAUACAUUUCGGUGAGGACUUACUUGAGAGCGAGGCCCCCUGGACCCCCUCCCCCACUCCCUUGCAACCCCCUCAAUCAAUCUACUUUCCCAAUUUUCGUGUGAGGAUUGGGAUUCCACAACCAUCCAAGGUCCGUGUGGUUUAGUCCCGUCGAAGCCGGGCUCUCCAAACCAGGGGGAUGACUUUAGAAUCUAUGAUGGCUUGCUGCCUGAGUGAAGAGGCGAAGGAGUCGAAACGAAUCAACGCAGAGAUCGAUAAGCAGCUUCGCCGAGACAAGCGAGACGCCAGGAGGGAAUUGAAAUUACUUCUUCUCGGCACAGGCGAGAGCGGCAAGAGCACCUUCAUCAAGCAGAUGCGCAUCAUCCAUGGCGCGGGCUACACUGACGAGGACAAGCGCGGCUUCACCAAGCUGGUAUACCAGAACAUCUUCACCUCCAUGCAGGCCAUGAUCCGCGCCACCGAGAAUCUCAAGAUCGGGUACAAGUACGACCAGAACAAGUCCAACGCCAUGCUGGUGAAGGAGGUGGACAUAGAGAAGGUGUCGUCGUUCGAACCGCCCUACGUCAGCGCCGUGAAGAUGCUGUGGACCGACCCCGGCAUCCAGGAGGCCUAUGACCGCCGCCGAGAGUACCAGCUCUCUGACUCCACCAAAUACUACCUGACGGAUCUGGAGCGCGUGACCGCGCCCAGUUACGUGCCCACUCAGCAGGACGUGCUGCGCGUGCGUGUGCCCACCACGGGCAUCAUAGAGUAUCCCUUCGACCUGGAGAAUGUCAUCUUCAGGAUGGUGGAUGUCGGAGGCCAGCGUUCCGAGAGGCGGAAGUGGAUCCACUGCUUUGAGAACGUCACGUCCAUCAUGUUCCUUGUGGCGUUGAGCGAGUACGAUCAGGUCCUUGUGGAGUCCGAUAACGAGAACCGUAUGGAGGAGAGCAAGGCCUUGUUCCGGACCAUCAUCACAUAUCCUUGGUUCCAGAACUCCUCUGUCAUUCUCUUCCUCAACAAGAAGGACCUUCUGGAGGAGAAAAUCUCCUAUUCCCACCUGGUGGACUACUUCCCUGAGUUUGACGGCCCGCAGCGGGAUGCACAGGCAGCCCGGGAGUUCAUCCUGAAGAUGUUUGUGGACCUGAACCCCGACAGCGACAAGAUCAUCUACUCGCACUUCACCUGCGCCACCGACACGGAGAACAUCCGCUUUGUCUUCGCCGCCGUUAAAGACACCAUCCUGCAGCUCAACCUUAAAGAGUACAACCUAGUGUGAGCCACCUCUGGGGCCUCAUACAGCACCCCCCAACACACACUCACACUCACACUCACACACACUCUCAUUACACAUGCGCGUACACACACAGGCGUACAGGCGUGCACGCUAACACUAACACACACGCAUAUAUACACAGGCAUAUGAACACACUACACACGCACGCGCACACAAUCAUACACGAAACAGAAACACAAAUACACACAUACGUGAGUACAUUUGUGCACUUGAGUGUGUGUGUGCACACGUGCAUCACAUGCACAUUCUUGUGUAUGUGCGUAAACACACACAAACACACAUGCCCGCAUGCGCAUAGACAGAAACGUACAGACAAAUAGUGUAAAAGUUGAUAUGUGAAUCCCACUCGCACACGUAAACUGACACGUACCACUGUCUACUCCCUUUGAAUCUUCCUGCCCCUACCACGAGCCCCGUCCUUUGUUUGUACACUUCAUUAUUUUUGCCAAAGCCACUCCUUCUGGUUGGCAGCUGUAGGGCCCUGAGAGUGUGUGUACGUGUGUGUGUGUGUGUGUGAUUGCGCGCGUGUGUGUGUGUGUGGGCGGGCGAGCGAGCGUGCAUGUGCACUCUAAACAUCCUUGUAGGCUCGGACACCGGAAGAGGUCCAUCCCUUUCCCCACCACAACACGCCCAUCACCACCCUGACGACACUACUCCUCUGACGACACUACUACUCUGACGACACUACUACCCUGAUGACACUACUGCCCUGACUCCUGUCGCUGCACUUCCCUUUCAUGUGAAACACACACACACACACACACACACACACACACACACACACACACACACACACACAGCGCCCCCUCACCUAGCUGUAGGCACAUCAUGAGGAACCACAGCCAGGACUUUGAUUGAAAGUUUGGCGCAGGCACUAACACACACACACACACACACACACACGCACACAUACACAUAUAAGCACACACAUGCAUACAUACACACACGCAUUCAGCAUACACAAGUCUUCAGCUCACAUGGUGAAUGUAUCUACAGGUGUGAGCAUUGCAAAGCAAAAACAAAAGAGACAAAAAAACAAGAUUACAGCACCAUAUAAAGUAGAACACCUGGAUUGCGACAAACUCCAGACUGAAAUCAAACGACAUCUUUAUAAUGCUGAGGAGAAGGGGGUGAAAGGGGAUGAGUUUUCCAAAAGCAUAAACACCUGAAAUCUCUGUAAAUUCCUGAGAUUAUCCUACAAGAAAAACAACUAAAAAAAUACACAUUUUUAAUAAUAGUGACUAUUGCUACUUGUACUUGCUAUGAAAUAUAAUGGCAGAAUUUGAAGCAGUCUAAAGAAGCGAAAUGAAGAUCAGACUUAUUUAAAUAUUUGAAUACAUGUGCAAAUCAAGCUUGAUCAGAGAGUGAGACUGUGUGCUUGUGAGAGUGAGUGAUUUAUGUAUGAAAAACAUGUAUGUGUGGGUGUGUGCAUGUGUGUGUGACGCAAAUGGACGUCAUGAGUAUCCCUUUGCGUAAUGUUGCGUAUGUUUUAUGGUAGGCUGCAUCGCUUCCCUGCCCUGCACUGCCCCUCACAAACACCCGUCCCACCUUCUCAACCCCUGACCCCUACCUGCACCCCCUGGCCAGCUUGUUUGGCUCACGUGAUUGGUUGGGCCGUAAGUUGCCCCUGAUAGCAACUGGCACAGGGUGCUAUAGUCGUGCAAAUGGACGUUCACACCCCCCUCCUCCCCUCAUAACUGUCCCACAAUCCCCUUCUUCCAUCCCUCCCUUCUUACCUGCAGAAUUGUGUGAUGGGGUGGCUUGCAAAGGCCCAGGUGCACAAUGUUUUUAAACCAGUUUACUUUUGUUUGUUUUUCACAAGGAAGCGUCAUCUAUCUAUCUAUCUAUCAGCUGACUCAAGUUUGACAUGCCGAAGCAAAGGAUGCUGGGAUGCGGGAUU